GACUGACCUUGCAGUGCGAUGAAACUCGGCCGCAAUGUAUAAAUUGCAUGACCGUCGACCGAAAAUGCCAAUAUUCGUCUCCUUGGUCCAGCACGACGCGGUCGCCGUCGGACCGAUCCACCUCUGCAGGACCUGUUUCGACCCCUGCUCCUGCUCCUGCUCCGGCUCCGGCUCCGGCGUCGUUCCCCGGGUUGCAACCUUCUCACCAGGUCGAGGAACCACACUCGCGGGUUGAUAUGGUUCAUAUGCAGCUCUUGCACCACUACAUGACCAACGCCUCACUCUACCCCCUCUUUGAGAACUGCAUGAAAGACAUCGUCAUCAACGUGGCGCUGCGAGAGCCGUACGUGAUGUAUUCGCUUCUUGCCAUCUCGGCGCACCAUCUCAGCAUCUUCCGGCCCGAGCAGCAGCAGUUUUACCGCCACCUGGCUAUCCGGCUCCAAACCGAGGGCUUGUCCAUCUUCAACAGCAUCGAUGUGAGCUUCUAUGGCGAUUCUGUCGAGAAGCGCAUCCCUGCCUUUAUCUUCUCCAGUCUGAUCGGGAUUCACGCGCUCUGCGACAUGCUGCUGCACCGAGAUACCGACCCUGACUCGGCCAUAGCUGGGUUCCUCAAAUACAUGAGCCUCCACCGCGGGAUGCUCACCGUCAUGCACGGCUACUGGGACGAGCUCAAAAAGUCGGAGCUCAGAGUUUUGUUCGAGGAGCUCGUGCCACAGUGGUUCUCAUUGACGAGCGAAGGGCGUGACUGCGAUGAUAUUCGCAAGAGGCUCACCGCGGCGGGCCUGGGUACCGACGAGCUGGAGGAUGCGCUCCAUGCUGUGGACCUCAUCCAGUGUGUGCUCGAUGCCAAGCCGAACGCAGAGAGCCGAGCGUAUAUCCUUUGCUCUUGGGUGGCAAUGCUUCGCCCGGCAUUUGUCCCGAUGUUGGAGAACGCCCGGCCCGAGGCCCUGGCCGUUCUUGCGUAUUAUUUUCUGGCGAUGCACCACUGCCGCGGACUGUGGAUGAUGGGCGAUGCCGGCCAGCACUUUCUCACCUUGCUUGCCGAGCACUUUCGCGGGGGGGAAUGGUAUGCCUGGCAAGCCUUGAGUCCUUCAACCCCACUAACGACGGCCCGUCGCACCGUCCCGAUGGCCCGGAACUUCGUGGUCACUCGGCCACAGGAAGCUGAUGCGCCCCGCAUCGCCGAGAUCCACCUUGCCGCCAUGGACGCCAAUCCCUUGCUCCAUGCGCAGUUCCCCGCAUCCGAGAGCCUCAAGUCUCUGCAGCAAUUUCUCGAAGCAGACACCGCCGAACAGCUGCGAGAUCCCUCUAGUGGGGUCCUGAUCGCGCGAGAUCCGGAGACUGGCGUCAUCGCGGGCUUUGCCAAGUGGAACUCGCCGUCGCACCCCGAGGAGGUCAAGCUAGAGAGCGGAAGCUUGCGCGACCUCGAAGGGUGCCGGCGCGAGUUCCUCGACCGGUAUGUGUCGCUUGCGGAGGAGGCUAGAAAGAGAUGCUUUGGGGAUCAGCCUUGCUACUGCAUAAGUUUCGUUUGCACCGACCCGGCGUAUCAGGGGCAAGGCGUCGGCACACUGCUCACUCGAAAGGUGCUCGAGCUAGCCAAGACAGACGGACUACAAGUCUACCUGGAGAGCACGGAUGUGGCAAUACCGAUGUACCAGAAACUGGGCUUCCGAGUCAUUGACGAGUUUCAGAUGAAGAUACCGGGGCUAACGAGUGAUGAAAUUACGGUCUCCUAUAGAGAGGUGUGUAUGGUGUGGCAACCCGGAUCAAUGACAUGACGCUGGAGGAUGGCCGGUCAGCUUGAGAGAGCAUGCGAUGGAUCUCACUUGAGCUAGCUAAUGGGGCAAAAUUACUACACAAGACAUCCAUGGGUAGAUGCUUGAAAUCUCUCACUCACAC